CCGGCCCGCGGGUGUUGGUGCGCGGGGGCUCGGCUCGGCUCGCGGGCGAUGGGCAGCCGAUGGGUACGUUGUCGCUGAGGAGUUGUGUCGGAAGUUCCACUGCGAGUUUCGCGCAAGAGAUCCGGACAGCGCGGCCCCGGAGCGUGUCUGUCCGUCCGUCCGGGCGCCUGCAUGUGUGUCCGGCAGUCAGGCCAGUCAGUCGCGGGGGCCAGCAGCGGAAGGGCUUGGAAAAUGGCUGCAAACAAGGCGAAGAAAGUUACAAAAAUGGCUACGAAAGCAUGUCCGGAAUGUGACCAACAGAUUCCCGUGGCCUGCAAGUCGUGUCCUUGCGGAUUCAUUUUUAUAAGUAGAAGACUACUGAAUGCUAAACAGUCAGAGAAAUCGCCACCGUCCACGUUAGAGAACAAGUCAGAAGCUAAGAGAAGGAGAACAGAAAGGGCACGUCGAGAGAAAGUAAACUCUCCUGUAACCAAAGACAUGGAAAACAGAAAAAGGUCCAGAUCUGAAAGUCAUUCAGAGCAAUAUCGACGGCGACGAGGACGGCCCAAGACCACUCCUAGUAAAAAGCACGAUGAUGACAAAGAAAAACAAGAGAAGGAAGUUGAUGUGUAUGCCAGUCUUUCAGAUGAAAAGGCCUUUGUAUUUUCAGUGGCAUUGGCAGAAAUAAACAGAAAAAUAAUCAAUCAAAAACUCAUUCUUUGAUCAAUUGCACACUAAAAUGAGAAUCAACCACAACUCAGGACUCAACCUUUUGCAGGUUGUUUUACCGCUCUGGACCUCAUACUGUGACCUUUUUCAGCAAAUCGUGGAAGCUUGAAUGCUGCGAUCAGACUCUUUUUAACCUGCCUAACUGUCCUGGAUGACUGUUAUUUGUAACAGCAAGACUCUCUGAGCAAAUGACUGGACAAACAAUGGGCUGAAUUUGUACACCAAAGUGGAAGAGGAGAUGUGGGUUUCUGAUUUAAUUUCUUUAAAUGUCAAUCGUGGAUAGUCUCCCUGUGCAGGACGUGAUGUGAACAAAGAAGACUUGACUGAGGUUAGUCAAUGGAUUGAGAGCGUUUUAGUGUCUGAAGCACAAGUUUGCCCAGUCACAUUCAGCAGAUGAGCAGGGUAAGCCAGGAAUGGGAACAAAUCCAGUUUCACUGGUGUAUUCAAGAGAUGAGUGCAGAAGUGCCUCUCACGAAAGGACCUAGAAAUGAUUAAUUCCUGAUCCAGAUGCACGUUUCUUUCUAUAUUUUACUUUAUUUAUGACACUGAGUGCAUACAGGUAUUAUCGAUUCUGGUCUGGUUAUGUAAUUAGUCUAAACACUGCAAAUAUUGAUCAUAAAUUACUACAAUAAAAAUUUUGUUACACUUUCA